AUGAAAGAUUUGAGUAAAAUAAAUUUCAGAGAAAAUCAAGGGGAAAUUGGCAAAGAUGAUUCGGAAGAAGAUGAAAUAAUGUUUGCAAUGUUAGCAACAAUAAACAGAGAUCCAAUUUCGUAUUCAGAGGCCAUGGCGUCCACAGAACAAAGAGAGUGGACAGCGGCAAUUAAUGAAGAGUUGCAAUCCAUGAAAGACAACCAUGUUUGGAAAAUAGUGCCAAGGCCAAAAUCUUCUAAAGAUGGGAAGAGGCCUAACAUCAUCGAUUCUAAGUGGGUUUUCAAGAGGAAAACUAGUGAUGAUGGCGGCAUCAAAUAUAAAGGAAGGUUGGUAAUCAAAGGAUUUAAAGACACAAACGUGUAUGAGCUCAAAGAAACCUAUGCACCAGUGUCGAGACUACCAGUUGUGCGAGCUGUACUGGCUAUCAUCAAUAAGUACAAUCUAGAAACAAUUCAGAUGGACGUAAAAACCGCUUUCUUAAAUGGAACAAUAGAAGAUGAAAUGUACAUGGAAAUCCCAGAAGGAUUAAAAUGUACAGAUGAAGAACAGCAAGGUUGGUCAUUCUGUUAUUACUGCAACAAGAUGGCGCAGCACAAGGGACCCAAUUGUCCUAAAAGAACAUCUGACGGCGCUGGAAAUUCCAAAAGUAAGACCAACGUUCUUAAAAAUAAAAAUUCAGAGGCUAAAGGGAAAUCAGAGAAAGAGGCAAAAGGUUACCCGGAGGGAGCGAAGGGAGGAGGGGUUGGAAAAUCGAAGAAGGCCCAGAACUCCAAGAAACUCAAUCGGUUCAAAAAGGACAAUAGAUCACAACAAGAGAAAGACCGCGCGUGGACAAACACGCUAAAGCUAGGGCAAGCGAAGAUUACCGAGUUCGAGCUUAAGACACGGUUGGAGCGUAUGGACGAAUACUGGAGUCGAUUCCAAGAGCAAAAUUUCAAACUGGUCGCGUUCGAGGAAAUCGAGGAAACAAAUUAUUAUAAGGAUGACGUGUUUUCGAACUCGGAAGAGAGCUACCUCUCUAAUCGUGCUAAAUUCCUUACCGCGAUGUCCAACCUGGCGCCCAAGAUUGCGAAGGUCGAACCAGCGGACGCGUCCGCGACACCGCUCAUUAAGCAAAUGCAGCUACCGAAGAUGAGUUUACCUAAGUUCUCAGGCGAUCAUCUCGCGUGGGAGAGCUUUCGUGAUCUUUUUCGCUCGCUGAGAUUACUGAGAUAUUUGAGAGGCACGUCUGAAUUGGGACUGACAUUCAGAGGAAACUCAGAUCAUUUAGAUGCAAUGACAGAUGCAAGUUUCAGAGAUCAUCUCGAUUCAACGUCCACGGGAGGCUACGUGAUUCGCCUGUUCGGCGAUCCUGUAUCGUGGCGAAGUUACAAACAGUCGUACGUGACUUUGUCAACUUGCCAGUCAGAGUAUCUUGCCAUGAGCAACGCUUGUCAAGAAAUCAUUUCACUGGACAAAGCAAUCAGAGAUAUAGUGGGAAAGACGUUCUACCCAGUGCAAAUAUGGUGUGACAAUAAGGCAGCAGGUGAUUGCACAGAAAAAGAUGGCAGCCAUAAGCUAAAGAACUUCGAUGAACCCGUAAAUCAAAUUAAAGAGUACUUAGAGGAAAGAGAAAGAUCUGGGGUCAAGAAGCAUAUGGCAGAUACUCACGGGGAUUACAUAAAGUCAUGUGUUUCAGAAGGCAAAUUCAACAUCAGUUGGAUUGCAACUAAAGAGAACUUAGCAGAUAUAAUGACUAAAGCGCUUGCCAGAGAAAGUAAUUCUCAAGACGAAUCUCAGAAGAGAAAAGGGUAUAUACAGAGUCGAGUUCAGAUGACCCACAAUCAAGACUGUUCAGAGGAAACCAGUUACCAAAGCGAAUACCUAAGUUACCUAAGAGAUAUUCUGGUUAAGGUGUUGUAUAUUGAGCCACAGAGUUUUGGCUUGACAUAG